AUGUUUGCUUACGUAGGUGACAUCCUAGGAUGUUUGAUUGAAAACGGAGCUGAUGUUAAUGCACGUACAAAUGAGGACUGCACCCCUUUGAUGACAGCAUGUGAUUGUGGUUACAGUAGUGAAGCAGUGAAGUUUCUCAUUGAACAUGGAGCUAAUGUGGAUCAUCAGGACUGGAAUGGACAAACAGCAGGUCACUAUGCUGUGAAUUGUAAUUCUUAUAGUUCUAUUGAUGCAUUGAGUUGUUUGAUAGAAAAUGGAGCUGAUGUUAAUGCAAGAACAUAUGAUGGCCGAACCCCCUUGAUGAUAGCAACAGCACGGGGGUACAUAAAAGUAGUUACCUAUCUUAUUGAACAUGGAGUUCCCAGUACUAGAAGUACCACCAGCGAUUAUGUCAAUCUUCGAGAUGACAAUGGUCAAACAGCCCUUCAUCAUGCUGUGCAAUGUUUUGAUCCAAUCUCAUGUGAGAUUCUGAGUUGUUUGAUUGAACAUGGAGGUGAUGUUAACUGUAGCACAUAUGAGAACCGGCACACUCCUUUGAUGAUAGCAGCUGAAAGGGGGCAAAUGAAAGUAGUCACCUCUCUCAUUGAACAUGGAGCUGAUCUGGAUCUUCGAGAUGAGGAUGAUCAAACAGCUCUUCACUAUGCUGUGUGUGGUUCUGAUGUCUCAUGUGAGAUUUUGAGUUAUUUGAUUGAAAAUGGAGCAGAGGUUAAUGCAUUUGCAAGACGUGACAACUGCAGCACCCCCUUGAUGUUAGCCUGUAAAUAUGGUCACUUCAAUGCAGUGAGCUCUCUCACUGAGCAUGGAGCUAAAGUAAAUCUUCAAGAUGCAAUAGGUAAUACUGCCGUGUACUAUGCUUUAAGCUGUUCUAAUGCCUCACCUGAAGUGUUGAGUCGUUUGAUGAGAGACAGAGCUGCUGUUAAUAGUGCUUGUACAAGGGACAACGGCACCCCUUUGAUGAUAGCAUGUCAAUAUGGUCACAUGAAUGCAGUGACCUUUCUCAUUGAACAUGGAGCUAACAUGGACCUUCAAGACAAAAAUGGUGACACAGCUCUUCACUAUGCUGUCAGUGCUGGUGCUGUUAACACUCUGUUAGAUCUUGGAGCAUUGCACUUAAUACCAGUUUGUAACAAGCAUGGAUUAACACCACUUCUUCAAGCCAGCAACAGGAGAAAUAGCGAAAAAGUGAAGUGUUUAAUUCAGAGACCAGAGAUACCAAAAGAGCAGAAAAUUGAAGCCCUAGAGCUUCUUGGUGCUUCUAUUAUCACUGAAUGUGAUCCUGGUAUUGAGAGAGGAUUCGAUUAUAUCAAGAAUGGCAUGGAAGAGAGGUUUGCCAAUCCAUCCCAACCUUUGCUAAAACAACAAAUGGAACCCGUUAAAGCUUAUCUGAACAGAAAAGAGUGUCAAACUCUGGAGGAACUUGCUUAA